CGAGGAGGACGAAACGGAAUGACAAUGGCUCGCUUGCGAAAAGGCCCUGCUUCGCAGCUGCAGCAGCCUCUGACUCAAAAGCCCUCGAGCGCACGCCGCGCAUUGAAAGAAAAGACCAACACCGCGCAUUCCCAGGCGCCUACAUAUGCGAAUGAUGUAGACACGGCAGGACUGGUCAAAGAUGCGAAACAAGGACGAGGACGAGGGCGACCAAGAAAGGUGCAGCAGGAUUCGGACGAGCUUGUCAUGGCGGGAGGACUUGGAAAUUCGGACGAAGAGCUGGCGCAAUUGCCCAGCGAGCCGCCUACUACUACCGAUGAGCUCGCAAAGAGCGACUCGGGAUCGAUGCCAAUGCCGAAAACGAAUCGGCGACCGCCUCGAACUGUGAGGAAGAUCGCGCAAAGUCAGGCUCAAUCCAAGGCGCUUGAAGGGCUGAAGCAGCGUAUGGAAGCGACGGCGCGGGGACAGCGUGGCAAAACAACCACUUCGCCAACUACAUCCGACGCGGUUGUUCGAUCAUCGCACUCUCAGCCUGAGGAAGAGUGCAUCACUGUCAGGUCGAGAGACGCCGAUGUCGAACGAUCUGGUCUCACGAUAUCGCCAUCGCCUCCACGCCCCGGGAGACUGAGCGUAGCAAAAGUGAAACGGUCCUCGAUGAUGCAACCAGGAUCUGCACUGAAAGUCCAGAGCACGCCGGCUGUGGAGAACAGCUUUCUGGCGCUGAAGAAUUUCAAACGCCGGCCGCGACAGAUGAGCAUGCUCUCAAUGGUGCAGCAGCGGACCGCGAGCGCACGGCCUUCUCUGGCUCAAGAUACUGUUGUAGUGGACGAUUCUAGCGCCUUUGACUUUGAUUUGGACGGUGAAGAAGAGGACGACUUUGCGCCUGAGGCGGAAGGAACACCGCUGCAUGCCGAGCAAAGCAGACGAAUAUCUGCAGCCAGUCAGAGGAAGCGCCGUGCGGAGGUCAGUCCAGCAAGGUCCGAGGUUCCAACGGCUGGUACGAAGAAGCGAAAGUCAAUCGAAGUCGACCGCAUUCCUGCCUCCCAGAACAGCUUACGCUCGAAGCGACGCAAGUCCACAGCUGAGGAUCCCGCCGGAGCAGCACUCGUAGACGCAGCGCCCUCCUCGCCUAGAGACACAAUACAGGUCGGGUCUACUGUCAUUGAGUCUGCGUCCUCGCCUGCCCGCAGUGUACUGAGGUCCGAGACAGCGUCACCUGGAUCCGCUUCAGCAGAUGCCGUCCACCGCGAAGACCACGACAACAUACAAGUUCCGUCCACGGAGCCAGAGCGCCGUACAAUUGAACUCGCCCAAAGUGUAGAGCUACUAGACAAAAGCGACUCCGAUGUUCCUAAUGGGACCAUGGCGGAGCCCGCAAGCAGCAGCCCGGUACCCAGUGCGAGUGCUCGUCCUGAUCCAGAUCUGAUAGAUCCAGCUACCCAAGCCUCGCCAGUAGCGUCAAGACCGAAGCGAGCGAAGAAACAGAAGCCGCUAUCGACUGCCACGCUUCAGUCAUUACUGCCGAAAAGGAGGAAAGCGCUCAAGCCCAGACAAAAGAAGGCGGAAUACGACAUGGAGUCGUCUGAGGUCGAGGAGGAAGUCACGCUCGACAUCAGCAAUUUGGAAGAGGGCGAGGACGAAUUGGGCGGUGGACUGCGUAGGAGAACGAAGACCAUUGCGCCCAAAGCUCGCAAAAGUACGACUGCGAAAAAGGUUCCCAAACGCCAGCCUGCUACUGUACCAGCCGCGCGCGGGAAACGCAAAGCCUCAGUCGCGGCACCAACCACUGACGGCACGAAGACAUAUGGUAGGACUACAGCAUCGGACAAGGAAAACGACGGCUACGAGUCGUUUGAAGAAGCCGACGAGUCCACCCUGCCGGAGCUGUCGGUGUCAAUGCAGGAGUUGGCUAAAAGCCGGGAGCUGGAGGAAGCCAAACGAAAGUUCGCAGAAGUUGACGACUGGGAUAUGGAGUUUGAAAGCAUGAGCCAGGACGAUCAUCUGAGGUCCAGUCAAAGCUGGCGGUGA